AUUUGUUCGUUUCAUUACUCAGCACGUGGCGCUACAGGAAGAUACGGAAACCGUUCUCCUCCUCUCUCAACCUGCAAUAAAUUAGUUUCUUGCUUCUGCGACUGUCUUUCAAUUUUCUCUACACAGAAAUGGAUUCUCUGCGUGUAUUGCACCUCUCUAAUUCCUCCCUCAGAGCCAAUCUCCACGGCAAGCAACUGAAAUUCUUCCAUGCUCCUCUUAAUCCAGGGAUUUAUUUUCGUCUUCGCUAUCAAUCAAGAUCCAUUCGUAGAAUCACCUGCAGUGCUUCUGCUACUGAAACAAGAGAGGAAGAGAAGAAGAUGAAAAAAACAAAAUCGAUGUCAGGGAAUGGAAAGGUGAGGCUUAAUGUUCGGCUAGGUUGCGAAGUUGAAUUUGGUGAGCAUGUAGUGAUUUUAGGGUCUGCCAAAGAAUUAGGUCUAUGGAAGAAGAAGGUGCCAAUGAAUUGGACAGAGUCUGGAUGGGUGUGUAAUGUGGAGUUAAGAGGUGGUGAGUCUAUUGAGUUUAAGUUUGUUGUUGUGAAGAAAGACGAGAGUAUGCUAUGGGAAGGUGGGGGUAACCGAACCUUGAAACUGCCAAAAGGAGGAAGUUAUGAAAUAGUCUGUCAGUGGAAUGCAACUGUGGAGCCUAUGAAUCUGUUACCUUUGGAUUUGAAAGAAAAUGAGGUGGAAAAAGAGAAUGUGGAUAAGAAAGGAUCUGUUAGUGGUGCCACUCUUUUGGAAGGGGAAACUAGUCCUUUUGUUGGGCAGUGGCAAGGCAAAUCUAUCUCAUUCAUGCGUUCCAAUGAGCACCGAAAUAGAGAAACUGAAAGAACAUGGGACACUUCAGACCUUGAGGGGUUGGCUCUAACAGUAGUAGAAGGUGAUCGGAACGCGAGGAACUGGUGGAGAAAGCUUGAAGUUGUACGUGAGCUAUUGGUCGAAAAUCUUGACACUGGGGACCGGUUGGAAGCUCUCAUAUGCUCUGCUAUAUAUCUGAAGUGGAUAAACACUGGACAAAUACCUUGCUUUGAAGAUGGAGGCCAUCACCGACCAAACCGGCAUGCUGAAAUUUCCAGGCUUAUAUUUCGGGGAUUGGAACAAAUUUCUUGCAGAAAAGAUACUUCACCCAAUGAAAUACUUGUUAUUCGAAAGAUCCAUCCAUGCUUGCCAUCUUUUAAAGCAGAAUUUACGGCAUCUGUUCCUCUAACACGAAUCAGAGAUAUUGCUCAUCGGGGUGAUAUCCCUCAUGAUCUCAAGCAAGAAAUCAAACACACUAUACAAAAUAAGCUUCACCGCAAUGCUGGCCCAGAAGAUUUAGUUGCUACAGAAGCAAUGCUUGCAAGAAUAACCAAGAACCCUGGGGAAUUUAGUGAUGCAUUUGUAGAACAAUUCAGGAUAUUCCAUCAUGAACUCAAAGAUUUCUUCAAUGCAGGAAGUCUUGCUGAACAACUUGAAUCAAUUAGAGAAUCUUUGGAUGAAAGAGGUGCAUCAGCUCUUACAUUGUUUUUGGAAUGCAAAAAGAAUUUGGAUACUACUGGAGACUCCAACAAUAAUUUUGAACUGAUAAAAACCAUACGAUCUCUGAAUGCUCUAAGAGAUAUAAUUGUAAAGGGUCUUGAAAGUGGUCUCAGGAAUGAUGCACCUGAUGCUGCAAUUGCUAUGCGACAAAAGUGGCGUCUUUGUGAAAUUGGUCUUGAGGACUAUUCCUUUGUUCUCCUAAGCAGGUUACUCAAUGCACUUGAAAAUGUUGGAGGGGCUAGGUGGCUUUCAGAUAAUAUGGAAUUAAAGAACGUAAGCCCUUGGAAUGACCCACUUGGUGCACUCAUUGUUGGUGUUCACCAGCUGAGUUUGUCUGGUUGGAAGCCCGACGAAUGUGCAGCUAUUGAAUCUGAGCUCCUUGCCUGGCAAGAGAAAGGUCUCUUUGAAAAGGAAGGAAGCGAGGAUGGCAAGAUAAUUUGGGCACUUAGGCUGAAAGCUACUCUUGAUAGAGCAAGAAGACUAACUGAGGAAUAUUCUGAAACACUGCUUCAAAUAUUUCCACUAAAAGUGCAGAUGCUGGGAAAAGCACUUGGAAUUCCUGAAAACAGUGUAAGGACGUACACUGAAGCUGAGAUUCGUGCUGGGGUAAUUUUCCAAGUUUCAAAACUCUGUACCUUGUUUCUAAAAGCAGUUAGAAGUACACUUGGUUCUCAAGGAUGGGAUGUUCUUGUACCUGGAGCUGCUUCUGGAACAUUGUUUCAGGUUGAGAGCAUUGUGCCUGGAUCAUUACCAUCAACCAUAGGACCUGUUAUUCUUGUGGUUAACAAAGCUGAUGGAGAUGAAGAGGUAACAGCUGCUGGUAGUAACAUAGUGGGAGUUGUGCUUCUUCAGGAGUUGCCUCAUUUAUCUCAUCUUGGUGUUAGGGCCCGGCAAGAGAAGGUUGUCUUUGUGACAUGUGAAGAUGAAGAUAAAGUUGAUUAUAUACAAAGUCUUACUGGAAAAUGUGUGAGGUUGGAAGCAUCCUCGACUUGUGUAAAUCUAACUCCAGAUUCGUCAAAUAAUGUUGGUGAGUUUACUGCAAAAGAUAUCUCUGGUAAUGGUACACCUACAACUGAAACCUCUGGAUCUCACAAGUCAGCUAUCCAAAGUUAUUCUAACCAGGGUUUUUCUUCUGGAGGUGUUAUACUACUUGCAGAUGCAGAUGCACUUUCUUCUGGUGCAAAGGCUGCUGCCUGUGGUCGUUUAGCCUCUUUGGCAGCUGUUUCACAUAAAGUUCAUAGUGACCAAGGGGUCCCAGCUUCAUUUAAUGUGCCAAAGGGGGCAGUUAUUCCAUUCGGUUCUAUGGAAUUGGCACUGAAACAGAGUAAAACCAUGGAAACAUUCAGGACACUUCUAGAACAAGCAGAAACAGCUAGACUGGAAGGUGGUGAACUCGAUAAACUAUGCUCUCAACUCCAGGAGCUGGUCUCUUCUUUGCAGCCCCCAAAAGAUAUACUUGAUGGAAUAGGACGAAUAUUUCCAGGAAAUGCACGUUUAAUUGUACGUUCUAGUGCCAAUGUUGAGGACUUGGCAGGAAUGUCGGCUGCUGGACUUUACGAGUCGAUCCCUAAUGUUAGCCCAUCAAAUCCAACUGUAUUUGCAAAUGCGGUAAGCCAAGUAUGGGCUUCACUGUACACUCGCAGAGCUGUUUUAAGCCGUCGAGCUGCUGGUGUGUCUCAAAAGGAUGCUUCAAUGGCAGUUCUGGUACAAGAAAUGCUUUCACCGGAUAUCUCAUUUGUGCUUCACACUGUCAGCCCAACCGAUCGAGAACAUAAUUUGGUUGAAGCUGAGAUUGCUCCUGGGCUUGGUGAAACCCUAGCAUCAGGCACUCGGGGCACUCCUUGGCGUCUUUCAUGUGGGAAGUUUGAUGGACUUGUACGAACAAUGGCAUUUGCGAAUUUCAGUGAGGAAAUGCUAGUAUCUGGUGCAGGUCCUGCUGAUGGGGAAGUCAUUCGUUUGGUUGUAGAUUACAGCAAGAAGCCAUUAACCAUUGAUCCAAUAUUCCGUCGUCAGCUUGGCCAGCGUCUAGGUGCUGUUGGGUUUUUCUUGGAGAGGAAAUUUGGGUGUCCUCAAGAUGUGGAGGGCUGCGUGGUUGGAAAUGAUAUCUACAUUGUCCAGACACGCCCACAACCAUAGUAGAUAUAUAGAAGUUUCCUGGUACAUAUUUAAGAAGGCUAUUUUUUAUUGUAUGGAUGCAACAUUUGCAUUGGCAAAGGGAGCCUGGCAGUAAUCUAUGUUUCAAAUAAUAAGCCAUGCUGAAAGAGGCCCUUUGUAUUUCAGCAAGUCGUAGUAGAUAAAGGGUUAUCUUAUCAGGGUAUGAACGCUUGAUUAGGUAACCCCUCUUAACGCCAA